UUGCAAGGUCGCUUGGAGUGAGCUCCCUGAACUUUGAACCGUGUCUGCACAGCGAGAUAAACAAGAGCAGUAUAAAUACCGCAGCCCUGCUCCCCACCACGCUUUCCUCCGCGGCGCAGCGGAGCGGCGCUGCCAAGGCGAGUGGGGAGGAAGGGAUAAAGCCCAGCCAUGUGGGCAGGGCUGGGGCUAGUUCUGGUUCUCUGUCUCCUCCCAGGAGGAGGGACGGAGACCCAGAACUGCCAGGAGCCCCCCGAAUGGCGGGUCGGGGAGGAGAACCCGAUGCUGAACUCGAGGGGCUCGGUGACGGUGGUGGCUCUCCUCCAGGCUAGCUGAUACCUGUGCCUGCUGCAGGCUUCCAGACUGGAGGACCUGCGAGUGAAGCUAGAGAAUGAAGGACUUGUCAAUAUCUCGUAUGUGGUUGUCAACCAUCAAGGAGCUUAUUCCCAGAAGAAAUUUCACCUACUGAAAGAAAGUGUUUCAGAGUAUAUUACCGUCUACCAACAAGAUGAACAUCAAGCUGAUGUGUGGACCACCUUAAAUGGAAACAAAGAUGAUUUUCUCAUCUAUGACAGAUGCGGCCGUCUAGUGUACCACCUGGGUCUUCCCUAUUCCUUCCUGUCUUUCAACUACGUAGAAGAAGCUAUUAAGAUUGCAUACUGUGAAAACAAGUGUGGAAACUGCUCUUACACGGAACCUGAUAUUGAUGCAACAUGCGAAAACAUCACGAAAAAAGCAGAUGAAAAGCUAGCAGAGGUAGAGCCCAAACCAAGUGGUCAACACUCAAAUCACAACCACCAACCACAUAGGCACAGACACCACCACCACCACCACCGUCAUUCCAAAAAUCAGAACCAUCAGGCUCCUUCUGAAACUCAAAGACGUCACCAUCACAGCAGUCGGCGUCACAGAGUUUUUGACCAUAACAUACAUGAUCAGACAGGUAGCCAUGAACAGGUAGAAAUUGUUCCUCCAGGAGAAGGUGUGGAAAUUCUUAGACAAGAUACAAAACUAUGAAAAAAAGGGAAAACCAGCUGUAAAAACCAGUUAACCUGAAAUUGGCAGACAGCAUCUUCAGACUCAACAUCCAGUAGCUGAUGUUGUCAUUGUCGACACCUUUUGUUUGAAGAGCUAGGAAAUGCUGUCACUUGACAGUGUCACGGAGCACUUCCAAAUUCUUGCAGGUGACACGGCCAGCUGUUAGCAGAGGACAUCACUGAAUCCUGACAGUGACGUCUGCUCACUGCUGCCUGAGAGUCACCAGCAGCAGGAGCAAGUGAAACUAGCGACACCUGACAGUGACAGGAAAGGGCAGGAAACUGAGCAUGAAAAACAAACUAAGCACCUUAAAAAUGCAAGGAAGUCCUAUUGCCUAAAUUUAUUUAAUUGCAGCAGAGGAAAAAAAUAAUAGAUUAAUAGAGAAGUAUUUCCAUUACUCCCAAAUGAAAAUUAGACCACGACAGGUGACAGGAGUGUAGAGUUAAGGUUUUGCAAAGAGCAGUGCUCUUGGAAUUACAUAAUACCUGUCAAACUCCAUCAACAAAAAAUUCAUUAAUAUAAAGGAAUUUAAUUAACCCAGAGUUUGUUUUUCAGUUGCAUGUGGGAGGUGUCGGCAUUUUUGAUUAAUUUGUCUUCCUUGUUUCUCUUCUAACAUUCUGCUUGCAUUUGUGAGGACAGGAACAUAAACUAUGACCUAGGGGUUCCUGUCUGAUGUUUUGCAAUCAAGAAUAGAAGAAAAGCAAAACAGACACUUUAAUCUUUUUUUUUUUUUCCUUUUUUUUUUUUUUUAAUUAAGAUAGAAUAUACUCAAAAGCUUUUUCUGACCUGGGGAUACAAAUUAUGUACAAGAAAAGCUUAUUUCUAAACAGUGUGCCAAAAUAACUUUUUAUCUCAAGUGUAAGAUACAAGCAACAAUUGAAUUAUUUUAAAAUCACAGUUGUAUGCUUUACGUUUGUGGGUUAGGUGCAGUAUCAGGAUCCACUGAUGCAUUCUACUACAGUUUGUAAAAUCCCACUGAAUGAUUAAUAAGAUCAUGUCUGAAGUGAGAAGUGUUAACAAUUCUUUGUGUGGAAUCAACAUUUUUAACAGAAAGGGACAGAACAAACUCACUCUUGGUUUAAUGUUUAUCUUUGUUUAUGACAGUACUGAAUUUGUUAAAUCUGUAUUGAUUAGCAAGGUAAUAUACCACUGACAUUUGUGUAAUUUCUCUGUUUGUAGCUUAGCUUUCUCUAAUUUUGAUUAACCAAGUUGAAUUACAGACACAGUUGUGUAAAGGAUUCCUGGAUGAAGUGAGUGUUCAAGAAAGGAAAGCUGCUUUGAAAGCAUACACCAUAACUAAUGAUGAUUUAAUAGGAAAACUCUUACUCCUACGAAACCUGAAUCUUUUUAUGGUGAAUGCUAAUUAGCAAGAAAGUAGUAUGGAUAUAAACAGAAUGCCUACUUUUGGAAUAUAUGGAAAGAGAAUUUUCAAUAAAAAGUAUUCAGUA